UUAGUUAUCUCUGUUCAAAUCGGCUUGCGGCGCCAUGUCCAAAAUGCGUUGGAGUUUGCUGCUUUUCCUGAGCGCGCGCUCAGGGGCCCAACGGUUUGGCUGCACUCAGACAGUUGACACGAAGUCCAGGGGUUUGAAGGUGCUUCAAACUUCGACAACCAAUGAGGAUUUCUGCAGCAAUAUGGAGACCACCGACUCAGUUGGAGAACUGGUGGAUAGCUGUUCGGCUUUCUGCGGAAAUGGCAAUAUCCCACUUCUGGUAGGGAUUCCCUCCUAUGGUUUCAGCCAUGCAGAUAUUGACACAGUUUGCCUUGCAGACGAGGACUCCUUGGCCCAGUACAAUCCCACGAAGAUGAACGAUUGUCGAACGUGGUCACAGGCCCUGCGGCUGAUCAACACGAGGGCGGCAGCGCUGGUGGCUGCUUUGGACAAUAUGACUAUGGCGCAGCUGAACUUCAAAACUGGCAUAGCGACCAAAUCCAAGGAACUGGCAGCUACCAUGUCCUCAGAAGAAGUGAAGAAUCGGCUCUUGGGCGCAACUCAAAGUCAAGUGAUUCCCGAAUAUCGUUCCAUCUUGGAAGCUGGAGUGGAAGACUUCUUAUCCAAUGGCAAGUUCAGGAGAGAUCUUCAAGACACAAUGGAGGUCUUGCGUGGCGCAGGUCGAAAUUUGGAUGCUGUAUUGACCACCAAUUUGCCACAGCUCACCAAAUUUGUGGAGCAAUGUGGUGAUCUUCUGGUCUCGACUGGCCCAAGCAAAGAAUAUCUCCUGGACAUUUGCAUUCAGAGAGGAGCUGUUUGUUUGGACAAUGCUGAAGCGCAGCAUAUUGGCUGCUGCUGUUCAACCAUUCCACUAGGUGGAACCUUUGGCAUCACUGGAGAGACUGGUGGGGAUCAAGCCAACAACAGUCGCCGGCUCCAAAUGACCGAGGGACCUGUGGACGUUUGUGCUGAGGCAGAUGUACUCUUUGGCCCUGAACAGACGCGGCGACAAACCGAACUGCAAGCUACCGACGAUGGUACAGCAUUGCUGGAGGCCCACUUGACGGCUCUGAAGGCUGCUUAUCCUGACUACUUCUCAGCAAGCAACUGCCGAAGCAGGCGCCUAUCGGCUGAAGAGAUCGAGGUGCAGACAGAGGCCACGCAACCUGGCAACCGGCUCAAAGCAGAAGUGCUUCCGCAUGCAGCACCACGAAACUUGAAGCUCGACGGACUUACUUGUUCCCCGCCAACAGCCACCCAGGGAGAUACCAGCUACAAGGCUGCAUUUUGGGCGCAGACAGAAGAGAAUUAUUGCAUUGACAUUCCGCCAGACACUGGAAGCGCAUCCGAGGCCAUGACGGACCAGGGUUUGGCAGAUAUUUGCAAAAGUUUUUGUGGCGAUGAUGCAGUUCCCUUGACCAUUGGGGCGAUAAACUUUGGAUUCAACCAAACAACAAUGGACGACAUUUGCUUGGCUGGCGAUAUUCUCGAGGCGAACUCGAGCUUUGUAGAAAUGUGCCACGGGCACGCGACCGCGAUGCAAAAUGUUCAAAGCAAGUUGGCCGCCUUUGUGGCUUCUUUGAAUGUCCUCGAAGCGGAGAAAACUCUCUAUGAAGCCAACGCCAAGAAAGCGGCAGCCGACUUGAAAGCUGCGAUUGAAGCCCGUGCCACCGAUGUCUUGCAGGAUGCUCUUGUCAACGAAAAGAUAGUGAAGCUUAAGGAGCUCUUGAUCCAAGAAACAGCGAGUAUGAAAACCAGCGGUACGGCUUACUUAGCCAUCAAGCAGGCCGUGCAAGAUGUGGAGCUUAAAGGUAAUGCCUUGAAGACCACCUUGUCAGAAUCGCUGGGUGCUUUGGACACCUUGGUCACAGAUUGCAACAAGCUCUUCACUGGUCUUGGAGCAAGCAACGAAUAUCUCUUGGAUAUUUGCACGCAGACGUCGAAUGCCUGCGUCGAUGUGGACAUGGGGCGUCACGUAGGCUGUUGCUGUGGCUACAGUCCAUUGAUCGCGUUGGGUAGUGCCACUGUUCCCACUGCCACCAUCGAUGGCAUCAGCGCCACCAGGUUCUCCAGCGAUGCGACUGGGGCCACUCGAACAGCAGCACGUCGCCUGGCGACGGCUCCGUACAGCGUUUGUGGCGAAGCCUACAAAAGCUCCAAGCCCAAAGUGGAAGAAGCACAUGCAAAGGUGCGGUUGCUGGGACAGGAAGAGCUCAUCAAUCAGCACCUGAUCAUCAUGGCCAGGAGAUAUCCGGACCAAUUCGGUUGCCACUUCCCUGGCUGCAUGGCAGAUACAGGCGGAACGUGCUCACUCUUUGAGUGUGAUUCAACCAGAGGGCCUGUCGACUGUGUAAAUGGCAAAUGUAUAUGCAAACAGGGAUACUGUGCGAAUCCCAACGGCGUGUGCGUUUCGGUCAGCGAGUUUAUCCAAAACGAUGGUUUUGUUGGUGUAUCAUUCUCCCAGCCGCUGGCUCCAAGCUUCCAACUGUACUUCGUGUACUCGCUGCUGAUGCUGCUGGUUGCGCCGAUGUGGAGAAGGUAGGCGUUCUCAGUCAGUGAUUGUCCCAUGAUUCUCCAACCGAGAAG